UACGAAGUCCAUUUAUGAAACGAGGUCGAUGUCUGGCAUUUUCUGUUGAGGCUCUUCAUUUGACUGGAAGCGGGGUUCGGAGGAAGACUACUUGAAGAUAGUUUGAAAACCAACAUCUACAAUGGCGGCCAAGGCUGUGUGCGUUCUUCGUGGAGAUGUGGCUAGUGGAGUGGUCUACUUCGAGCAGGCAGGCUCCGACCAGCCAGUGAAGGUGACUGGCGAGGUGAAGGGACUCACCAAGGGCGACCACGGAUUCCACGUGCACGAGUUCGGCGAUGGCACCAACGGCUGCGUUAGCGCCGGCCCGCACUACAACCCGUUUGGCAAGACGCACGGCGGGCCUGACGACGAGGUGCGUCACGUCGGCGACCUGGGUAACGUGACGGCGGGCGACGACGGCGUCGCCAAGGUGGACAUCUCGGACAAGCUGCUGACACUCUCCGGGCCGCACAGCAUCAUUGGACGCACGCUGGUGUGCCACGCGGACGUCGAUGACCUGGGUAAGGGCGGUCACGAGCUGAGCAGCACCACCGGUAACGCCGGCGCCCGCGUCUGCUGCGGCGUCAUCGGCAUCGCCAAACUGUGAGCGCGCCACUGCCGGGCGGCUGUGAGGUGACGUCAUCGGACGUCACACCGGCUGAGUGACGUCACACACACACACACACUUGUUCAGAGGCGGCGCGGCAGAGCCGUGACUGCCAUCAAUGUACCUACCCGCCUGCAUGUUUGUAUCGCUGUACCGUGCGGGCCACAGGGUUUGGACGCUCGCAGAGCGGCACGCGGAAACGUUUUCUGAGGAUUGUAUUGGCAGUCGGAGUGAGACGGAAUGACGCAAGUACAGAAAUCGAUUACUUACUCUUCAGCUGAGAGCUGACAGCGGUUGUUCGUGAGCACAGUACCACGUGUGCUGAACAGAGAAAUACACGUACUCUAAACCAGA